GGCGGGAGGCGGGAAGGAGCGGUCCGGAGAAGGGGCAGCGGAGCGUCGAGGGGAGAGCGCCUGGGAGUGUGUAUGUGGAGAGCCGGUGAGUGGGGCGGCGGCGACGCAGUGGGGAAGCGUUAGCUGUUGCUCCCGUGAAGGGGGAUGGGGGACAAGAACCCCCUCUUGGCUCCUUUAUAAUCUCCCUUGCUCCCCUUUUAACCUCCCUCUUUACCCCACUUUUGCUUCCCUUUUAAACCCAGCUUUAACACUCCUUCCUACCCUUUUAACCCCCUUCCCCCUUCCUUUCGACUCCCUUUUAACCUUCUUUGCCCCCUUUUAAUCUUCCUUUACCCCCCUUUUGCUUCCCUUUAAACCCCACUUUAACACUCCUUCCUCCCCAUUUUAACCCCCUUUCCUCCAUUUAAUCUCCCUUUCCCCCACUUUUAAACAGCACUUUAACACACCUUCCUCCCCUUUUAAACCCCGCUUUAACUCUCCUUCCUCCCCUUUUCACCCCUGUCCCAUUUUCACCUCCUUUCCUCCCCCCCCCCUUAACAUCACUUUGCCCCAUUUCAUCUCCCCUCUGCUCCCUCAGAGGUGGAAAAAACCUAAAUGGUUAUGAGUUGGCGGGAUGGGGGUUCCUUCCCUCCACCCACCAAGUCUCCAUAGCUGUGAGAUCGGUUGUUAAAGGUUAGGGAGGUUUUUUUAUGCAUCAGGAAUGAGGCCUGUAUAGUGUGUUCUAUUUUUCUCCCCAAGUAUGUCUUAGCCUCGCCCAUCAUCUCAAGUUCUUUUUAGGAUGGCUAACAGGGUCAAAGGUUUUCCUUUCUCCCUCUCUCUCCCCUCCCUCCCUUUCCUCACAACAGCCCUGUGAUGUAGAUGGGGGGCAGAGAGAGAGAGAGGUCCACGGUCAGGGUCAUGGCUGAGUUGAGCUUUGAGCUUGAGUUUUCAUUAAUGUAUGCUUUGCAUUUGUAAACCACCUGUUCCCAUUUUAUUCUCAAAACAACCCUGUGAGGUAGGUGUGGCUGAGAAGUGGUGACUGGUGGCCCAAGGCCACCCAGUAAGCUACAUGGCUAAGUGGGGGAUUUGAACCCUGGUCUCCUAGAGGGUCUUCUAGCUGUGCAAACCUCUAUGGAAUUUCCUGCUUCUUUAAUUCUAAUGUCGAAGGGUAAGAAAGAUACCAGGCUGCAGUUAACAUGGCGGUGGAGGGGGAGGAAAGUACUUCACUCAUACUUGAAGGCAUCUUCAUCUAUUGUGACAUUGUGUAGGGUUGCCAUGUUUCAAUAAGUGAAAAUUUGGACACAAACAUUAUUUUUUUUGAGUUUUAAGUUUUGCCCAUAGUUGUUGAAAAAUGAUGUUUUUGAGCUAUUUAGAAAAAUUUACCAAAAUCUUGACUUCUGACAUGGAUUGUCCGGAUUUCCCCAGGCAUUUCAGCGAUUUCCACCUGGACACUGUUUGCAACUGCCAUUUUCCAGCUAUGUCCGGGAAAUUCCGGGCGUGCGGCAACCCUAAUGUGCAAACCAGAUCCAAAUUAAGCUGCAGUGGGCGAGGUGGUGAUAUGAACUAAGUGGGGGAUGAGCUUGCUUAUGCUGAGGGAGGAAAACUGUCAUUAAAAAACACACCAGCUAGAAAUAAGAAACCAGGAGAAAAGCUGGAGCUAGAUCCUUUUGGAAGGAGGUGAGCUGUGUUCCAGCUACACUGCAAGCUAAUAAGAUAGAUGUGAGUUUAAGUGCUUGCAAUGGGUGGUGUUCCCGACUGCUAUUUCUCUCCCUGUAAUUAUAUCUGAAUACAGGUUGCAUUAGCUCAGCUGUGAGUACAAGGCAUUCAGCAUAUGAAUGCAUCACCUAAAAUAAUUAAGAUUUUAAACUGUCAAUUUAAGUUACAAAGGAGAGGCUUGUCCUGAACUAGAGUUAAAUUAAACUGGUUAUCUUCACUCUUUUCAGUUCCAGGACACACUUUUAAGCCAAACAUACAUUUGGAGGCCCAUACUUGCAUGGUGGUAGUGCUCCUAUUGUGAUCCACCUUGGAUCAGGCUGCAAACCCACUUGACACACUCAUUGAAGACCAGUGGACUAAACCACGGUUCCCAGUCCUUGCAUGUAGUAUAGCUUGGAGAGGACGAGUGCGAAGUUCUAGCCUUGUAGCUUAUGCCCAAGUCCUAGUACAGUGGUACCUCAGGUUAAGUACUUAAUUUGUUCCGGAGGUCCGUACUUAACCUGGAGCACCACUUUAGCUAAUGGGGUCUCCUGCUGCCGCGCCGCCAGAGCCAGAUUUCUGUUCUCAUCCUGAAGCAAAGUUCUUAACCUGAAGCACUAUUUCUGGGUUAGCGGAGUCUGUAACCUGAAACAUAUGUAACCUGAGGUACCACUGUACAGGUGUGGGGAAUCUUUUGCUGAACUACAACUCCCAUCAGUCCUUGCAAGAAUGGCUGUUGGCUAGGGACUAUAGGAGUUGUAGUUCAGCAACAUCUGGAAAGCCAAAGGUUCCCCACAGUUGCUCUCAUUCAAACAAACCACAAUUAAACCUUGGUUUGAUCUCCUUAACUAGAGUUAGACUGGUUUGUAUGACACAGUAAGCCAAAAUAUGCCGUACCAUGAACAUGUGGUCUCCAGGAGAGGUUUGGUUUGUUCCUCCCUAGUUGUUAUUUUUAAUCCUGCACUGUAGUUAGUUAACACCUUUAUUUGCUAACUAUCAGCUGUAGCCAAGGUGCAUCCAUGCAGUCCUGGUAAGCCAUAGUUUGGUUUCCCAUGUUGUUACAAACCAGGCCAAUACAGCUUAGUAAAAAGUGAAAGCAGAAGCUCCUCCCCAUCCCACCUCACACAAAAGGAAUUUUCCGCUGCUUGUUGAUAAUUAAAAUUGUGGUGUCUAUUGUCUUAAUUGUGCCAAUACAUUUUCCCCCUGACUUCCAGUUCUCAGACAAGAUAGUUAGCAGUUCUUUCUAGCUUACCCUGAAGGUUAUUGAGCCUUUACCUGAACCUGGCCACACCAUAAUCUGAAUUAUUCUCAUAAUAUUAUGCCCAAACCCUUCACUUCUUAUUCCCAUCAGUGUUUCUGUCUCAUCACUACUUACGAUACAGUAAUCUUUACUAUACAAUAUCUUUACUAUACGAUAAUCUUUAUUGUCAUUGUCCCAUACAGAACAACGAAAUUGAAAAAUUCUACAUCAGACAUUCAGAAACCAACAAGCCAGCUAUCCCAGCCUGGUUAACCCCCUAAAAACUCUGAUACCCAAUAAUAAAAUAAAAUAAAUAAAUAAAUAAAUAAAAUAUACUCCCACAGAGACUACCUUACACUGCGUUUAAAACCAAAAUCGCAUUUGGAUAGAAACUUAGCUUUAUGAAGCAGAAGCAAACUGGGAUGUUGUGUAGUUACUAUUAUUUCUAUUUUAUUAAUUAUAAAAUUUGUAUACCACCAUAUACCCACAGAUCCCAGGGUGGUUCACAGAAUAAAACCAUGAUAUAAAAACACAGAAUACAUAAUCAAAAUAGAAAGAACAAUUGUUACUUUCAUUUUUAUAUUGAACAGCACAAUUUAGUUUUGAAAGCAAAGUACAGUGGUACCUCGGGCUACAUACGCUUCAGGUUACAUAUGUUUCAGGUUACAGACUCCGCUAACCCAGAAAUAGUACCUCGGGUUAAGAACUUUACUUCAGGAUGAGAACAGAAAUCGUGCUCCAGCGGCACGGCAGCAGCUGGAGGCCCCAUUAGCUAAAGUGGUGCUUCAGGUUAAGAACAGUUUCAGGUUAAAUACAGACCUCCGGAACGAAUUAAGUACUUAACCUGAGGUACUGCUAUACUGAGAUAUAGCUUUAUUAUUUCAUUUCUCUGUAUGUAUAUGUUUAGAGCUUGUCCCUAAACAACCCUAGAGAGCCUUGCUAGAAGGAAGGAGGGGCAAGAUGAAAAUGGAGGAAGGAGGGUUUGGGAGAAUGUGACAUAUGUAAGAGUGUAGAUAAAGAACAACUUGUUUGUGUCCAAGUCUUGCCUGCUGUGGUCUCAUUACCAGGAAUAAGAUGCAAAACAGGCAUGUAUAGACAUGUAUAAUAAUUUGCAUAUGUAUCAAAAACGGUAUUAGUGUACACAUUGAAAUUGUAAUUGCCCAUGUUAGGAAGUGAUAAAUGUCAGUAUGAGUGUUGACAACUGUAGGGAACAGAAUUUUCAAUUGGGAAUUGGUAGUUAUGAAGUGCAUUUCUGCAUUAUCAAUUUUAUUUAUUUAUUAUUAUAGCCUGCAAUAUCCCAUGGGCUCAGAGUAGCUCAUAGCCAUUUCAUCAGCAUCUAUCUUUGUCCCCAAAGGGCUUGAAGUAAGCAUUAGGUUUUGAUGGCUGAGGAAACAAAGGCAGUCACACUAAGAAUAAUACAUUGCUUCCACUUACGAUCACUGUUGCUCCCCUUGCCCUAAAAUAAAAAAGCUUGCACUUAUUUCCAUUCACUGCCACCUCUCCAUUCUCAUGCCAAAAAUAUACAGCUAAAUGUGCGGGGGAGGGGGGAGACCUGUUGAACUGCCCCCACUCCUGCAGUUCUUUUUAAGGGAUGUAUUUAGUCUUUAGCAAUCCUGUUGUGAAAAGGGAAGGGCCGAAGUAUAGGUGACUUGCAGCUUACACACAUUUAACUUGUGCACGUUAAGGGCCUCCAGGAAAAAAAGACUUUGGGAAUCCCCCCCCCAACGUAAACCCAACGUAUGUUGAGAGUCGCCUGCAAACACAGCAGGUGGAAGGAAUGCUACAAUUUAUUUUGAUUGCUUUUAUUUUGCACAGGUCAGGCAGUGUUUUUGCAACAAAGGAGAAGCCUGAUUAUAAAGCCAACCUCUGCAAAAUGGCCCAAGCUUUAUCCAUUGCUUCUGACAUUACUGAAAAAAUAACAAGGUAACACCAGGUUACCUUAGUGUACAGAUACACAGACAUGCACAUUUGCCCUUUCUUGGGUGGUUUUAGUCAUUACAAAUGUGAGUAGGCAUCUUUAGAAAUGUGUGCAUGCAUAUUGUGUAUUUCUGCACAUAUGCACACACACAGUUCAGAAACUGUAAACCUUAUAAGGUCACCUAAUGUUUCCUUGAUACUGCUGAUGUUUUUGAAAAUUUAAUAUUUGUAGGGAGACAUUUUAAGCAGGCCUGAAAAGAUAAGCCUCCCAACAUGGACUAAUUCAGCAUUGCCCUGCUGUGGUUCUUGUUGAUGAUUGUAGAUCUUUAACGGCAGAAAUUUGAGAAUAGAUCCUAAACCCUUGUUUGGUGGAAACCAUAAAUACAUAUAGAAAUGUGGCUCUGAUCCAAGCAAAGUGAAGUACUUACCUCUCUUUGAUUCCAAUAGCAGCAAUCUAAGGGAAGCAUUCAGAGGCACGCUCUUCUGAUUAUUCCACUGGUGCAAGUGUUUUGGCUUGCCUGAUGAAAUGAUUCCUUCUCCUUCCACCACAGGAUAUUCCAGGGUUUCUGGUGACACACCCCAAACCAAUUUGGGGGGCAAAGGAGGGGGGACCUCCAUUGUGGAAGUUGUUGCAUAGGGUUUCCACUGGUGGGACGCAUUCAUUUAAUCCUACCAUAAGCAUUUGGCAUAAUAUUUAAAUAAUGUGUGUACAGUGGAACCCUGGGUUGUGAACAUGAUCUGUGCAGGAGGCACAUUCGCAACCCGCAGCGCUGCGUCUGCGCACACACGUGUCGCGAUGAGGUGAUUCUGUGCCAUGCGCAAAGCGUCGAAACCCAGAAGUAACCCAUUCUGUUACUUCCGGGUUUGGCGUGGUGCGCAACCCAGAAACAUAUAACCUGAAGCGUCUGUAACCCGAGGUACCACUGUAUAUUAAAAACUGUUAAAAAAAAUAGACUGCACAGUUUAAACCUUUUGUGUGAUAUUCAGUAUUUGAAGUAGAUUCAUUGAAAGCAAUGGACUCCAAGUAAUUUGUUUUCCCUGGGUCUAUUUUGAAUAUAACUUAGGUUUACAUCACACCUUGCUCGGAAAAUGCCUUAAAAAAUAAUGAUCAAUCUUUUAGUAGCUAGGGUAAGUAUAAAUUAUUCUGAAGGAAGACUACUAAUAUCCACAAUGAAAGGAAAUAUAUUAGCUGCAGCUGUGAACUGUUACAUGCCUGAGAAGUUGGUGCAAAAGUAAAAAUAUUCAAAAUUACUUUCCUUAAAAAAAGGUAAAUAAUUCACUAGUGAGAUGCUUUGUUGCCAAAGGCUAAUCAUGUUGUUUUCCCCCACAGGAAUAUUGCAAUGGCUACCACACAGGCUGUCUUUAUAUUUGCACUCUGCAUUUUAAUGAUAACAGAAUUAAUCCUGGCUGCUGAGAGUUAUUACGACAUCCUAGGUGUUCCCAAGACUGCAUCUGAUCGCCAAAUCAAGAAGGCGUUUCACAAACUAGCAAUGAAAUACCACCCAGACAAAAAUAAGAGUCCUGGAGCGGAAGCAAAAUUCAGGGAAAUUGCAGAAGGCAAGUAGAAUCCUAUUCUGUUUUACUAAACACUCAUUGACCUGGUAUUUCUUGAUCUCCACUUGGCAUGGAGAUGAGUAAAGCUAGAUAUAUUUCGUUGAAUCCAACUAAAUCAUUGCACACGGGGAACAAUAGAACUUUCUAUCCCUCCCAUCCACUGCCUCUAAAUUUGCUCUGGAAGACUGCUUCCUGGGGAGAAAAGAUAGAGAAAUGCUGUUGCGCUCACAGAAGUCACUCUGCAUGUGCACUGAUUUAGUAGGAUGCAAACAUUUAAUCCUGCUUUGGGUAAAAAAAGAGAAAACUUGCAUUUUUCAAAAAGUAAUGAAACUUAUCUGCUUGUGUAGGAGUCCUGUGUAUUCCUUGGAGCACAAAAGGAACUAGUACUUAGUACUAGAAGAAUCUUAAUUUUAUAUUCCAGGGAUUAAAGAGUCAUCUGGCCAUAAUAACCCUUUUAGCUAUCUUUGGAAACUGUUGCACACAGGCACAACUUUAUUUAUUGUAAAUAUUUAUACUCUGACUUCUAGGAGAGUGUAGUUUCCAGCAACUACACCUCCUAAAUUGUAACUAAAAAUAGUUACAAUUGAAACGCAAAUUGAACUAAUAGGCGGUUUUUUGUUUCACUUAAUUUCUAUCUUCUGCUGGCGUGAGACAAAUCCAGGGAGACUUUAGCAUAAAAGAUCCAGAGAGGCUCAAAAACAUAUGUUUAAAAAAAGUUUUAUGUGAUCCUUGAUAAAACAGAAUUUGCAAGUGGAUUAAAAAAAAAUAAGUUGUUGCAGAGCACUUAGGGAGGCUCUUCUACGGGCCCUGUAUCUUUGCAGGCCAUUCUGUGCAUGCCCCCUCAGAAGUAAGUCCCACUGAGUUCAGGGAUGCUUACUCUCACAUAGGUAUGUGUAAAACAGUUCGCCCAAGUCAUGUCCUUGGCUGAGGUGUUGACAUUUUGACAGAAUUCUAAAUUCAAAAGAAUGAGGAACUGAUCUGGAAAGGUUCGGUGGUAGAACACAUGCUUUGUUUGCAAGAAGUCUUGGGUUCCAUCUUCAUAAGUCUGGGACCUAGGACUGCUUGUUAGUGUAUUGAGCUAUAUGGCUCAGUUGUCUGACUUUGUGGAGUGUGUUCUGUGUGUGUUCUGUGUAUCUGUGACCUAGUAUCAUCAACAGUGAUGUAACAGUUCUCCAGCAUUUUGAAAGCUCAAAAACUUCCUCAGUUCUUUUACACGAGAACCUUGAACUUGAAGUGGCCAGGAGCUGAAUGAAUAUAUGUUAUGCAUGCAGAGUAUAUUCACUUCUACUGAGCGAAAACUGUUCUCUGUCUGAGCAUGUGCUAAACUUUCUCUUGCAUUGCUCUUUAACAGCAUAUGAAACGUUGUCGGAUGAAAACAAACGUAGGGAAUACGACCAGUUUGGCCAUGCUGAAGGACGAAGAAGCAAUGGAAACACUUUCCAGCAGCCUUUUAACUUCAAUUUUGAUGACUUGUUUAAAGACUUUGACUUCUUUGGCCAACACCACAACACACAGUCGAAGAAACAUUUCGAAAGUCAUUUUCGGAGCCAUCAGCAUGCUCACAGCAGGCAAAGACGUUCUUUCCCAGAAUUUUCCUUCGGAGGGGGACUGUUUGAUGACAUGUUUGAAGAUAUGGAAAAAAUGUUUUCAUUUAAUGGGUUUGAGAACACACACCGACACACAAUGCAGACUGAAAAUAAAUUCCAUGGAUCUAGUAAGCACUGCAGAACUGUCACACAGCGUCGAGGAAACAUGGUUACUACAUUCACAGACUGUUCUGGACAAUAAUACCUGGGCGUUUCUUCUCUGCCCCGCCCUUAAGGAUUUUCUUUCUUUCUAUCCUUUGCUGCUGAAAUACAGAAGUUCUUCUGUGAACUGUGUGAGAUUUAUUGUUUAAUCAGAGUACUUUAACUGCUGAAAUAAGCUGUAGCUAAACUGAUAACUAUUACCCAGAACUGCAACAAAGCAAGAUGAGACGAUGUUGACCUUAUUUAAUUGGUUACAUAGAAUGUGCAUGUGGGGGAAAAUCUCCAUAUGACAGUGUUAGGGUCUAUUUUUAAUAACAUAGAAGCAGGUUAACAGAUUACCUCACUAGUGCCGAGUUAGUGGUACAAUAAACAUUAUUAUUGUCAGAUUUCUAUUUCUAUAAAGUGUUAUCCUGUUGCGUGAUUGUUUGAUCUUAUGUUUUUAAUUAGUUUGCCUACUCCAAACCUGAGUUAUUAGUAGUCGCUUUAAAAUACCAUGAAACAUUAAAUUUGACUUUUUUAGGUGACGUGUGACAAGUGUUGAGCAAAAUUGACCUUGCAGCUCUUAUUGUUAGGCCCUGAGCAUAGAAAGUUGGGAAGCAUUAGCAGCGACGAUCAUGGCCAGCAUCUGAGGUUGGCUUUGUCACUGUUAGUCAGUUGUGAGUUUCAUUGAAUUGCCUCAGUACUAGUGUAACAAACUACUGUUUUACCUGUACCGCAUAAAACAGAACACUUGACUUGUC